AUGUAUCAACAGAAAUAUUUGAUUUCUUCGGUGAAUGAUUCUAACCAAAAUGGAUUUUCGCUGCACAAGAAUUCUUUUUCUUAUCAUUUUUAUUCUCAAAUGGUAUCAGAAGGUUUUGGAGUCAUUCUGGAAAUUUCAUUCUCGUCGCGAUUAGUAUCCUCCCUUGAAGAAAAAAGAAUACCAAAAUCUCAGAAUUUACGAUCUAUUCAUUCAAUAUUUCCCUUUUUAGAGGAUAAAUUAUCACAUUUAAAUUAUGUGUCGGAUCUACUAAUACCCUAUCCUAUCCAUAUGGAAAUCUUGGUUCAAAUCCUUCAAUGCUGGAUCAAAGAUGUUCCUUCUUUGCAUUUAUUGCGAUUUAUUUUCCACGAAUAUCAUAAUUUGAAUAGUCUCAUUACUUCAAAAAAAUCCAUUUACGUCUUUUCUAAAAUAAAGAAAAGAUUCUUUUGGUUCCUACAUAAUUUUUAUGUAUAUGAAUGCGAAUAUAUAUUCCUUUUUCUUCGUAAACAGUCUUCUUAUUUACGAUCAAUAUCUUCUGGAGUCUUUCUUGAGCGAACGCAUUUUUAUGGAAAAAUAGAAUAUCUUAGAGUCAUGUCUUGUAAUUCUUUUCAGAGGAUCCUAUGGUUCCUCAAAGAUAUUUUCAUACAUUAUGUUCGAUAUCAAGGAAAAGCGAUUCUGGUUUCAAAAGGAACUCUUAUUCUGAUGAAUAAAUGGAAAUUUCAUUUUGUGAAUUUUUGGCAAUUUUAUUUUCACUUUUGGUUUCAACCUUAUAGGAUCCAUAUAAAGCAAUUACCCAACUAUUCCUUCUCUUUUCUGGGAUAUUUUUCAAGUGUACUAAAAAACCCUUUGGUAAUAAGAAAUCAAAUGCUAGAGAAUUCAUUUCUAAUAAAUACUCUGACUAAUAAAUUAGAUACCAUAGCUCCAGUUAUUUUUCUUAUUCGAUCAUUGUCGAAAGCUCAAUUUUGUACUGUAUUGGGUCAUCCUAUUAGUAAAUCGAUCUGGACUAAUUUAUCGGAUUCUGACAUUCUUGAUCGAUUUUGUCGGAUAUGUAGAAAUCUUUGUCGUUAUCACAGCGGAUCCUCAAAGAAACAGGUUUUGUAUCGUAUAAAGUAUAUACUUCGACUUUCGUGUGCUAGAACUUUGGCUCGUAAACAUAAAAGUACAGUACGUACUUUUAUGAGAAGAUUAGGUUCGGCAUUCUUAGAAGAAUUUUUUUUCGAAGAAGAACAAUCUCUUUCUUUAGUCUUCCUCCAAAAAAUACCUUUUAUUUUACACGGAUUAAAUAGAGAACGUAUUUGGUAUUUGGACAUUAUCCGUAUGAAUGAUCUGGUGGAUCAUUCAUGA